UGACAUCACAAGAGCUUCAGGUCCUUGAAAGUCUUGAGGAUGAUUAGCUGAAGGAAUUGGCUGUUUCUGCCAAUCAUAACCCGGCAGAGCUGCCUUCAUAGUUCUGAAGAUAUGAGAGAAAGAGGGAGGGAGGGAAAGACCGACUCCAGCUAAGCAAGAGGCACAGCAGCAGAGGCAGAAGCAGACAGGAGCAGCUGGUAUUCCGGUGAUUAAAUAGUUCUCACAGCCUUUUUGCUGUACUCGGUCUGCUCCCUGGUGUAAUGCUCGUGUCCGAGAAGGAAGCUGCAUUUUAACGGUGUGCUGAACAGAGGUCUGAAUCAUUCCAGCUGGCUGCUUGUUUUGAAAAGGACAAUGUGUGUAUAAAUAAAAAGACUGCUGGAAGGGUCCAGACACCAGCACCGGAGCUGAGGAGUGCUCUCAGAAUCCUGUUGAGGCAGAUGGCACGAACUGAAAGCUCCGCUAAUUAACGUGGAGCCAAGUAAACCUGAAUUCUGGAUAUCUCAUUUUCUAACUCCGGAUAAAUUCAAGUUAGCAAAAGAAAAAAAUUAUAUAUUGAAAUGCUUCUCUAGCCACGAGAGCCAGAAGAAGAGAGAACUGCCAUCAGAUUGUGUGUGCUGCUAACUGGUCCUCAGGUGCAUCCUGCAUGAAAGACUAGAUAAUGAUUAAAGGACUCUGCAGCAAUUCUUGGUAUUGGACAUAGCAUCUCAGCUGUUGCCUCCUGGUCCGCUGACUACCAGAUUUGACUCAUUUGUGAUUCCUUCGAGAAUCUCCCAUGAUUUGCAAUGGUUACAUGAAUGUUUGGGAAGGGAAACUGGCAACAUCUUACUAUACGUUCUCCAUGGCACAUUAGGGAAAGAAGCCAGAAAAGGCUCCCAACGCAUUGAUUUUUAAAAUGAAUCUUAUUGUAAAGUUUCGAAGAAGUUUUCGAACACUGAUUGUUCUCUUAGCUACCUUUUGCUUGGUGAGCAUCGUCAUUUCUGCCUACUUCCUGUACUCUGGCUACAAACAGGAAAUGACACUUAUUGAAACUACUGCUGAAGCAGAGUGCGCUGACAUCAAAAACCUCCCUUAUCGGUCUAUAGAGCUGAAAACCAUCAAGCCUAUUGAUACAUCCAAAACUGACCCCACUGUCCUUCUCUUUGUAGAGAGCCAGUAUUCGCAACUUGGUCAAGAUAUUAUAGCAAUCUUGGAGUCCAGCCGGUUUCAGUACCAGAUGGUCAUUGCUCCAGGCAAGGGAGACAUACCACCUCUUACCGAUAGUGGCAAAGGGAAGUACACAUUGAUUAUUUAUGAAAAUAUUCUGAAGUACGUCAGCAUGGACUCAUGGAACAGAGAGCUUUUAGAAAAAUACUGUAUAGAAUACAGUGUUAGCAUAAUUGGUUUUCAUAAAGCCAACGAGAACAGCUUACCAACUACCCAACUGAAAGGGUUUCCUUUGAACUUAUUCAAUAAUGUAGCUCUGAAGGACUGCUCUGUGAACCCCCAGUCUCCUCUGCUCCAUAUUACCAAAGGCCCCAAAGUUGAAAAGGGACCUCUUCCUGGGGAAGACUGGACAAUUUUCCAAUAUAACCACUCUACCUACCAGCCAGUGCUUUUAACUGAGUUACAGUCAGAAAAGUCCCUUUCUUUCUUGUCCAGCCAAACGCUUUAUGCGACAAUAAUUCAGGAUCUAGGGCUUCAUGAUGGGAUCCAGCGAGUUCUUUUUGGUAACAACUUGAACUUUUGGUUGCACAAGCUCAUUUUCAUAGACGCCAUCUCUUUCUUGUCGGGGAAGAGGCUGACACUGUCCUUGGACAGGUACAUCCUUGUGGACAUUGAUGACAUAUUUGUGGGGAAGGAGGGCACGAGGAUGAAUGUCAAAGAUGUGAAGGCAUUACUAGAGACUCAAAAUUUACUGCGCACUCAGGUUGCAAAUUUUACCUUCAACCUUGGAUUUUCAGGGAAGUUUUACCACACAGGAACCGAAGAAGAAGAUGAAGGCGAUGACCUUCUGCUGAGGUCUGUGGAUGAGUUCUGGUGGUUCCCUCACAUGUGGAGUCACAUGCAGCCCCACCUCUUCCACAAUGAGUCAUCUUUAGUGGAACAGAUGAUUCUCAACAAAGAAUUUGCCCUGGAACACGGAAUUCCAAUCAACCUGGGCUAUGCAGUGGCCCCACAUCACUCAGGGGUCUACCCAGUCCAUAUUCAGCUGUAUGCAGCUUGGAAGAAAGUCUGGGGUAUUCAGGUCACCAGCACAGAAGAGUACCCACAUCUGAAACCUGCACGGUACAGGAAGGGCUUCAUUCACAAUAGCAUCAUGGUCCUCCCUCGACAGACUUGUGGGCUGUUCACACAUACUAUUUUCUACAAGGAAUAUCCAGGAGGACCUCAAGAAUUGGAUAAAAGUAUCAAAGGAGGUGAACUUUUCCUCACAAUCCUUCUAAAUCCAAUCAGCAUUUUCAUGACACAUCUGUCGAACUAUGGGAAUGACCGCCUCGGCUUAUACACCUUUGUGAACUUGGCCAACUUUGUGCACAGCUGGACCAACUUGAAACUGCAGACCCUGCCUCCAGUGCAGCUGGCCCACAAGUACUUUGAACUCUUCCCUGAGCAGAAGGAACCUCUCUGGCAGAAUCCGUGUGAUGAUAAACGACACAAAGACAUCUGGUCCAGGGAGAAAACUUGUGAUCAUUUACCAAAAUUCCUUGUGAUUGGGCCACAGAAAACAGGAACAACUGCACUUUAUUUAUUUCUUCUAAUGCACCCUUCCAUCAUCAGCAAUCUUCCUAGCCCAAAAACCUUUGAAGAAGUUCAAUUUUUUAAUGGCAACAACUAUCACAAGGGAAUAGAGUGGUAUAUGGACUUUUUCCCCACUCCUUCCAACAUUACCAGUGAUUUCCUAUUUGAAAAGAGUGCUAACUACUUCCACUCUGAAGAAGCUCCCAAGAGAGCUGCAUCUCUUGUUCCCAAAGCCAAGAUCAUUACUAUCCUCAUAGACCCCUCGGACAGAGCAUAUUCAUGGUACCAGCACCAACGAUCUCAUGAAGAUCCAGCUGCCCUGAGGUUCAAUUUCUAUGAAGUUAUCACAACAGGACAUUGGGCCCCUCCUGAUUUAAAAACAUUGCAGAGGAGAUGUCUGGUGCCUGGGUGGUAUGCAGUACACAUAGAAAGAUGGCUGGCCUACUUUCCAACUUCCCAGUUGCUAAUUAUUGAUGGGCAACAGCUGAGAUCUGACCCAGCUACUGUGAUGGAUGAAGUCCAGAAGUUUCUAGGAGUUACACCUCAUUAUAAUUACUCUGAAGCACUAACGUUUGAUCCCCAGAAAGGCUUUUGGUGUCAACUACUGGAAGGAGGAAAAACCAAAUGCCUUGGGAAAAGCAAAGGCCGAAAAUACCCACCCAUGGAUCCAGAGUCCAGAACUUUUCUCUCUAGUUACUACCGUGACCACAACGUGGAGCUCUCGAAGCUGCUACACAGGCUGGGGCAGCCUCUGCCCUCAUGGCUGAGACAGGAGCUGCAGAAAGUGAGAUAGCACCCGUGAGGAGAACCCGGCAUCAAGUCAUUGUUAAGUUUAAAAAGGCAAACCACGCAUCUUUAUCCUUUUCAUACACGUGUGGUUAGCAGGAAAGGACUGUGAAUAAAUUCCCAUCGAUGUUUUCCAUCAAAUGAAAACAUAUAUGCACGCAUUGGCAAUUAUUAGCAUUACUCUUUACUUAAGGCUUUCGGAAAAUAAAAUAUGAGGGUUUGUGGCAAUAUCCAGUGUCUGGGGAUCGGAUGGAUCACCAUAUAGCUCACUUCCGCUGUUAACCCAGAUUUCGGGUCACCACUUCACUAAUGCUGACUGUAUGCAAAUUACCAAUUUAAAAUUUGAGGAGAAGAUAAAGACUAAAGUGUCUAAAAAUAAAUUCAGGUGUAACCCAGUGUCUGAAUGAAGGGCUAAUGUUUCUAAGAACCUUUUAUCUGUUGAUCCAGCUUCCCCGUGUAAGGGGGGGCUCCAUUUUCACUGAGUAUCCCAUGUCAUCACAAGGGCAUGUCAUCCUCAGAAAACUACAAUAUGGUCUCUGGAGAGCCCCAGUGAAAAAGGGAGAAGGUAACUCUGAACUGAAGUAUCCCGGAAAAGGAGGACCAUCUUGAGUAGGCCCCUGGUCUUGCUACAUUAUCAGUCUAGGUUUUCCUACCUUGGCAGUGACUGAGCAUUUAUACAUAUUUUGUUCACUAUUCUAAAUAGGGAGAAAAAGACUUUAUUGACUAGAAAUGUAAACACCUAGAUGUAUUUGCAGGUCUCCAUAGGCAUUGUGUCUUCUCUGUAAGAAAUACGUCCAUCUAUUUAAAGCAUGAUGUUUUAUAUACACCACUGCAUCUACUGUGGUAAAGUCUUACUGUGUUUAAAAACAUUUGACAUUAUCCUGAAAACUUACCUAUUUGAACAUCACCAAGUCUCUACCUUAAAUUCAAUUUCAUAGACAUAAAGCUCACAAAUUCAUUUUAAGGCAAGAUGUGUUAUUUUGUUUUGGGUUACAGGUUCCUUUAGUAUUUGAAGUUUAUGUAAGCCAAGUUAACUGGAAUUUUAUCCUCUUUGUCAAUGAUGAACUGGAAAAGCUUAAUUUAUUUUUUCAGUGAUACAUGAAGGUAAAUUUACUAGAAUAGGCAACCAAGGUGACUUUGGGAACAUUACCCACAAAUCUCCCUCCUCUUGAGCAAUUUUUCUAGAGGCUGUAAAUAAUAGCAUCAUUUAUUCUCGCUUUAAUUCAAUAACAAACAUGUAGUUUUUUAUUUUGGUGUGUGUGUGUUUGUGUGUGUGUGUGUGUGUGUGUGUGUGUGUGUGUGUGAGAGAGAGAGAGAGAGAGAGAGAGAGAGAGAGAGAGAGAGAGAGAGAGAGAGAUUUAGUCAAACAAAUCCAAUUUGGCUUUUCUAAAAAAGAAUUGCUUUCUCUUUAUACAUUGAAAAUCAACUUAUCAUCUAUAUUUCACUAUGGUUUUUGGUUAUUUUCAGGUUUUCCUUAGCACUCCUUUCUAAAGGUUCUUGACCUUUAUCAGAAAAUGUGAGAUUCUUUUUCUUCCUUAUUGGUAUAAAUCACAAUAAUUUUCCAGUUUUGUUUUUAGCUGUAGGGCUUAAAGUCUCACCCUUUUUACUUACAUAAAAGCGUUAUACAUUCUAUUAAAAUGGUGGAAAAGAAAUCACUAUUUAUUCAUCGUUUCCUUCCCAGUUCUAUUAUGUAUCGAGCCCAGCCUGCCUCCAAGUGUGCCAUCCUCCUGUCCUCCCCUCUGCAGCACUGGGAUCGAAAGCGGGCAGUGCUAUGCCCAGCUCUAAUUAUUAUUUUCUUGACCCAAAGAAAAAAAUCUUCUUUCUUUCACAGGGGAUUACAAUGAUAGUUAUGAAGUGAGGAUAUUUUCAUAUCUAAUAUCGAUAUAACUCAAGAACAUCACCAAAUUUAGCAGACAUGAAAUUUCUGCUUUUUUUGCAUUUUAAUAAUGUCUCCAUUUCAGUUACCUACCUACCAAUAUCUGAAAUCAAACUGUCAUCCCAACUUAACUAUUCUCUUUUUUCCUGGUUAUUCAAAUCAUUAUACGUAUUUUUCUUGCUAUGUUUUAUAAUAAAAUGAGCAACUGUAUUUAAUUAUUAACAAGAUUUUUAUCUAAAAGUUUGAAGAAAUCUAGACUAUGAGACACUGCAAUGUCAUAACUGGGAAAUCUCAACUUUAAUAUCUUUUCCUUUUUUGAGAUUUCUUCCCAGUUCAGGAUGUUGUCUCACAAUUUAAUAGUGUAAUUCUUUAGAAUUUUAAAUUACAUCAUCAGUUUUAAGUGACAUACAUUUAUUUAAAUAUUAGACUUUUUACGUCCUUUAGCACACUGGCAUGGUCUCUUCAUGCCCUUCCAGACUUUUGGGGCCUUAUGGGACUUACAAAUAUACCUGUCAACUACUUCAUUUUGUUAAUGGCAAAAAUAAAAUUAAAUUGCUUCAAAUACUAAAUCCUAAAAGUUAUAUUAUGAAAAUCCAUCUAAAAUAAAAUUUAGAUUCUACUUAACAAUGACCAAAACACAAUUUUAAAAAACAUGAAGAACAGCACUACUGGUUUUACACACACACACACACACACACACACACACACACACACACCCCACAAACCGCUCCUCCUACACAGAGAUCUAAUAGGUUUUUUAUGCCUAAAUUUUAACAAAUCCUACUUACAUUUAGUCUUGUUAUGCUUUUUAUGUAUUAGUGCUUUAAUGUAAUACAAAAUAACCUAUAUUCUAGACUUAUUGAUUGAUCUCUUUUAAAUUACAGGAAACAAGUGUAUUUAUAUAGAAACAAUAUUAAAGCCUUCUAUUUCUGAUGGUGACAGAAAAUGCUUUUUGCUUGAGAUAGGUGGAGGGACUCAAAAAUAACAUGGGCCAACUGACUGUCUAAUCUAGUAGUCUAUUCAUAUUGAUUUUUUUUCCAAAUCCAACUUUAGAAAUGCAAUCCUGGCAGAAAACUAUACAUACACUUCAAAAUGUGCAAAAUAUAUAAAAAUGUGUUGUGUCUGAGAAGCCUAAAGAGCUUUUGAUCACAUCAGUAAUUUUCUUUGUAAGUGAGAUACCCUAGAUAAGCAGAGAGAAAACUCUGCAUUGACUAAAACGAAAUUGUUAAAAGAGCCAUUGUCUCAUCCAAGCAUAAAAAACGAUGACCAUCUCUUCUUCAGAAUAAACCCUGCUGCUGGUAACAGUCACGGGUGUGAUGCUGUUUGUCCGCAAGCUGGCCUUUAAGUGCCGGUUGAUAACUCCUUCCCUUGUCUUCAUGAUGGCAUACACAAUCCCUGGAUGCCAAACAUCCAGCAUAAAUCCGAGAAUGGCUUUUUGAAAUCGGCUCCCUCAUCCCAGGUUUGCCUCUCAGUAGCCAUGUGGCCUUAGAUAAUUUGUGGAACUUCCCUGACCACAGUCUUUUUUUUUUCCUUCUGUACAAUAAAGACAAUAAAAAAAAAUUACCCAUGAGGUUAUUUUAACCUAUUACUAAAAGUAUGUUUGCAUAGCAGCACAAUGGCUGAAACCGUUGUGCUUAAAUAUAUUAGUCAUAAAAGUAAUGUGUAACUAAUCACGGCUCUCUUCUCUUCCGUCAAAGAGGAAUGUGUGUUUUCUACUCCUGUUAAUAGUAAAACGUGUUUAAUAAAAUAUGUAAUUGUA